UCUAUGUCUGCUACCUGUGACUCUUGUGUCUCUCCGUCUGCCCGUCUUUGCCUUUGCUGAUCGUGUGAUCUCCCCGUCAACCGGCCUCGCUGCGCGGGGGGGAAAAAAAAACACACACGCUCGCUCAAACGAUCGAUAUAACACCUGCGACUCGCCUUAAAUAUACUCGCUCUGCUUCUGGACCACUCGUUCACCGGGGCAAUCAGGCUGCCCCAGAGUCACCAUGUCGUACAACAGAUUGCCCAAUCCUGUCGUCGACGACGACCCGGAACCCGUAAUGGAUCCUCAGAAUCUCCAUCCUCAUCGCAGAUCCUCCCCCGGCAGACCGCUAUAUCAGCUGAGCGAUGAUCCAUACCAGCAAUAUGGCCAUAUCCCAAUGCCCUCGGCCGAUCGAUUGUUGGACCAGCCCACGUAUUCUGUCGACAACAUCCAAAACUCCUAUGGACACAAUGAGACCUUUGAAGAACAUAAUCCCUAUCGACCCUCUCCCGGGCCACCUAGAGACUAUACUCUCUCCCCUGAAGCCCACCACGACUCCUACUAUAACCCUCCGUACCAACCCACCCCAUCCACUGUCGAUACCUACGACUUGACAAAUUACCCGCAACAGUAUCACGACGACCACGCCCCCAUUCUACAGUCAGACAGUCCCUUUGGGGAGACCCCUCAUUCAGAGACCGGAGGCUAUAACGAUGGCUCUGUUGCAACGCUUCCCACACCAAGCCCGGCGCCGAUAAGACGAUGGAAGACCGUGAAGGAGGUUCAGUUGUUUAACGGAAACUUGGUUCUUGACUGCCCGAUCCCUCCCAGGCUGCUGAGCCAGGUCAACCACGCCGCGCCGCCGGAACGCGAUGAAUUUACGCACAUGCGAUACUCAGCCGCAACCUGUGAUCCCGCUGAUUUUUACAACGAGCGUUUCACCCUUCGCCAAAGGCUGUUUGCCAAGCCCCGACAUACUGAACUGUUUAUCGUCGUUACGAUGUACAAUGAAGAUGACUUCCUCUUUGCGCGAACGAUGAUCGGUGUCUUCAAGAACAUCGAUUACAUGUGCUCUCGGACAAACAGUAAGACCUGGGGCAAGGAAGCGUGGAAGAAGAUUGUCGUCUGCGUCGUGAGUGACGGACGUGCAAAAAUCAAUCCACGGACGCGCGCCGUUCUGGCCGGUUUGGGUGUAUAUCAAGACGGGAUUGCGAAGCAACAGGUCAACGGAAAGGACGUCACUGCCCAUAUCUACGAAUACACAACACAGAUGGGAAUGGAACUGAAAGGCAACCAGGUCCUCCUCAAGCCGCGCCGAGGUAUGCCGGUGCAGAUGCUGUUUUGCCUGAAGGAAAAGAAUCAGAAGAAAAUCAAUUCCCACCGUUGGUUUUUCCAGGCGUUCGGACGAGUCUUGGACCCGAAUAUAUGCGUGCUCAUCGACGCUGGUACCAAACCGGGAAAGGAUUCCAUCUACCAUCUUUGGCGCGCCUUCGACCUGGAACCAAUGUGCGGCGGUGCUUGUGGAGAGAUCAAGGUUAUGUUGGACCACGGCAAGAAAUUGAUCAAUCCGCUCGUUGCCACUCAGAACUUUGAGUACAAAAUGAGCAAUAUUCUCGACAAGCCACUGGAGUCGGCUUUUGGAUUCAUCUCCGUGCUCCCAGGUGCUUUUUCAGCUUACCGCUAUGUGGCCCUUCAGAAUGAUAAGAACGGUCAAGGUCCUUUAGAAAAAUACUUUGCAGGUGAGAAGAUGCAUGGUGCCAACGCUGGUAUCUUCACUGCAAAUAUGUACUUGGCAGAGGAUCGAAUUCUCUGCUUCGAACUGGUGUCUAAGCGCAACUGCCGCUGGAUCUUGCAGUACGUCAAGUCCGCUAACGGUGAAACUGACGUUCCCGAUCGCAUGGCGGAGUUUAUUCUUCAGCGCCGGCGUUGGUUGAAUGGAAGUUUCUUUGCUGCCGUCUAUGCUAUCACCCACUUUUACCAGAUCUGGAGGAGCGAUCACAGUGCCUCCAGAAAAUUCAUGCUGCUUAUUGAAUUUAUCUAUCAGACGAUCAAUAUGCUGUUUGCAUGGUUUGCGAUCGGUAAUUUCUUCCUUGUCUUCCGCAUCUUGACAACUUCCCUUGGAACCAAAGACCUUCUCGGACAGGUUGGAAACGUUUUGGGCGUUGUAUUCGAGUGGCUUUAUCUCGCAACCCUCGUGACGUGCUUCGUCCUGGCGUUGGGGAAUCGCCCACAGGGAUCGAAUAAGCUUUACAUGACCAUGACCUGUUUCUGGGUUAUUAUCAUGAUAUAUCUCACGUUUGCGGCGAUCUAUGUAACCGUGAGGUCCAUACAGCACGAGGUUGCGGAUGGCAGCUUCAGCUUCUCUGCGAUAUUCAGUAACCUGCAAUUCUUUUCGAUGAUUGUGUCGCUGAUGUCGACGUACGUGCUCUGGCUUGUCGCUUCCAUUCUGUUUUUCGAUCCGUGGCAUAUGUUUACAUCAUUCCUUCAAUACAUCCUUCUUACUCCUACAUAUAUCAACGUCCUCACCAUUUAUGCCUUCUGUAACACCCAUGAUAUCACGUGGGGAACCAAAGGCGAUGACAAGCCCGAAAAGCUUCCUUCGGCUAACCUCAAGCCCGGUGGUAAAGUUGACGUUGAGAUCCCGCAAGAUGACGGAGAUCUCAACGCUCAGUACGACGCCGAGCUGCAGAAGUUCGCUUCCAAACCUCCAAAGGAAGUUCGAAAGACAACGGAGGAGGAGAAACAAGAAGACUACUACAAAGGAUUCCGAAGUUCCGUCGUUUUGGUGUGGAUCUUCUGCAAUUUUGCGCUUGGUGCAUUGGUCUUGAAUGCCGUUGGCUUGGAGAGAAUUGAUGUGAACGAGUCAACUGAGACUCAGCGGAGCGCAAUUUAUAUGGCCGUUGUGUUGUGGAGUGUUGCCGGGUUGUCACUGUUUAGGUUUAUCGGGGCCAUGUGGUUCUUGGUUGUUAGAAUGUUCCGUGGUGUAUAA